CAGACAGAAUGUUCAGAAAUUCCAGUGCAGGAGACUCGGCGGACCUGGAAGGAAAUUUAACGCUUGGCGAUCGUUUAAAGGUCUUCAAAAGCUCUACCUUCAGUCCCGAUGCCUAUGUCACCUCCAAAUGCCAGACCAUGCACGAGAAGGAAAUCAGGCACUUGUGUUCUUAUCUUAAUGAGCUAAAGAAGGCAUCCGCAGAGGAAAUGCGUAAAAGUGUCUAUGCUAAUUAUGGAGCCUUCAUACGCACAUCAAAGGAGAUUUUAACUCUUGAAGGGCAGCUUCUUUCCAUGAGGAAUCACUUAUCUACUCAGGCAGCUCUAGUUCAUGGUUUAGCUGAACGUGUUCGCAUCGAAUCAUUGUGGGCUGAUUCCGACGAUUCACUAGCAGAUGACCUAUUUAAAUUUGAGAAUAGAGAACUUCCCAAAACAGAAGAUUGGUUAAUAGAAUUCUUGGAAACCCUCGAUGUUCUAUUAGCUGAAAGGAGAGUGGAUGAAGCUAUGGAAGCACUUGACAAAGGAGAAAGUUUAGCCAAAGGAGAAAGUUUAGCCAAAGGAGCAAGUAAGAAGCACACGUUGAGCCCAACUGCACUCAUCACAUUACAGACUGCCAUCAGAGAACAAAGACAAAGAUUAACUGACCAAAUUGCAGAUACCAUUAGCCAAUCUUCUACACGUGUAGUAGAGCGUCGUUCAUCAGUUUUGGCUCUGAAAAAACUUGGAGACGGUCCCCGUGCCCAUUCGUUGCUACUUAAUUCUCACCACCAGAAGUUACAGUCCAACAUGCAGAAUCUGCGAUCCUACAAUGCAGUGGCAUAUACUGCUGCACUUUCACAGCUUGUCUUCUCAACCAUUGCACAGGCUUCAAGUGAUUCCUUGGCAGUGUUUGGUGAGGAGCCUGCAUAUUCUUCAGAGCUUGUAACUUGGGCUGUCAAAGAGACUGAGGUUUACGCUAGUCUUCUAAAACGGCAUGUUCUAGCUUCAUCAGCAAUUGCAGGCGGCCUAAGGGUUGCUGCUGAGUCCGUUCAAAUAUGUUUGGGACAUUGUUCUUUGUUAGAAGCUCGUGGAUUGGCCCUUUCUCCAGUUUUGAUGAGACUUUUUAAGUCCAGUGUAGAGCAAGCAUUAAGUGCCAACUUAAAAAGAAUAGAACACACCAGUACUGCACUAGCUGCUGCAGAAGACUGGGUUCUUGCUUAUCCACCAGUUGCUGGGCGUCCUUUAACAUCUUCUUCAUCCCUUAGUAAUGCAACAGCUUCGCAGUCAAAACUUACAAGCAGUGCUAACAGAUUCAAUUCAAUGGUUCAGGAAUUUCUAGAAGAUGUAGGACCCCUUGAGAGCCUUCAGUUGGAUGGUCCUGCACUGGAAGGUGUUCUGAAAGUGUUCAACUCCUAUGUAAAUUUGUUAGUACGUGCAAUACCUGGUUCAAUGGAUAAUGAAGAGUUGGAAGGUUCUGGAAAUAAGAUUGUCAGGAUGGCAGAAACAGAAUCCCAGCAGUUAGCUUUACUAGCUAAUGCAUCGCUGUUAGCAGAUGAGCUGCUCCCACGUGCUGCCAUGAAGCUUUUGCCAUUGCCUAAUAGAACGGAUGAACAACCAAGAAGAGCUUCAGAGAGGCAAUCUCGACUUCCAGAUCAAAGAGAGUGGAAGAGGAAACUUCAACGCUUAGUUGAUUGCUUGCGAGAUAGCUUCUGUAGACAGCAUGCUCUUGAGCUCAUCUUCACAGAAUAUGGUGAAAUCCGUCUCAAUGCAAAAAUAUACACAAGUAUGGAUGACCAAGCAGAGGAACCUGAAUGGUUCCCUUCUCCAAUUAUGCAGGAACUGUUCAUAAAAUUGACUCGGUUGGCAAGCAUAGGAAGUGAUAUGUUUGUAGGUAGGGAAAGGUUUGCAACAAUUCUAUUAAUGAGACUUACAGAGACAGUGAUCCUCUGGCUUUCUGAUGAUCAAACCUUCUGGGAAGAGGUGGAGGGAACAAAGCCAUUGGGUCCUUUUGGCCUUCAACAGUUUUAUUUGGAUAUGGAAUUUGUGUUGCUGUUUGCAUCUCAAGGCCGCUACUUAUCUAGGAAUUUGCAUCAAGUUAUCAAAAACAUCAUAGCAAGAGCAAUUGAUGUGGUAUCUGCUACUGGAGUGGAUCCUUACAGUGUUUUGCCAGGGGAUGACUGGUUUGCUGAAGUUGCUCAAAUAGCCAUCAAAAUGUUGAGUGGUGGAGCAGAUUUUGGUGAUGUAGAACAAGAUGUUGGCAGCCCCACUGCCUCAUCUGUGUUAUCACAUGGAAGUAAUUAGAUAUUAG